UUGUGGCACCGAACCUUAGUAAUUGACCACGUUAAGUGUCACGCAUAACGCGAAAUAUUAGGCCGAUAUUUCAUUAGUGCUGUAGUUCUGCAGUAUAAUAUAUGAACCGCUCAUUGAGUGCCGCUCGCAGAAUGGUGAGAGAAAGAGAACUAUGGUAAUCGAGUAUACGCUUUUCUGCGCUGGUCGCAUGCCCAGUAAGUUCUUGACAGUUAAUGACAGCAAUAUACAUACAUGUUGACAUAUGCAAAUUACUUCCCUGCGCACUCCCGUUGCACAAUAAGCGUAGACCCGAUCGCCAACGUUCUCGUUCUCUCACCGUUCUGUCUAACCCAUUCAUAACCAUAUUCAAGUAUAUACAGGGAGUGAGCGGUCCAUAUAUUAUACGUCCAUAGCUGUAGCCAUAAGCGAUGAAGCGACGAAGGGCAAAUAAUAAGUUUUGAUUGGCUGAAAUGAAUACAUGGAGACAAAUCCCCCAACAGUGCCCCCCUUAAUUCACAUCACGUAUGAAAUUUGUAACAUAAAAUGCCUAGUAAUUUACUGUAAAAGAAGUCCCUAAAUUGCCUAGUAAUUUACUGUAAAAGAACACUGUAAAUUACCUAGUUUAUUUUACUUAACUCUGGCCACCGCGUUGUAUGUGACCAGAGCUGUGUGACAUUCGACGCGCCUAGUGGAACUCUGGCCGUAUCUUGAACAGCUGUUUUCACUUAUCAUCUGGUGCCAACUUCACGUCACUGGGCGUCGCUCCACUAUACUCCGCAACGUUCGUUUUACCGUUGACGUUUCUUGGUUUUUAUCUUAGAAAUCGUUUUUAGUAUUUCCUACUAAUCGAGAUAUCGAUAUUCGACGUGGAGUCAAAUACAAAAGUAACAAAGAUAUACAAGGAUACCAAAGUAACAAGAUACAAGGUUCUACAGAAAUUAAAAAUGUCUGGAAAGACAAUGUGUGACAUUGAGGAUGAUGUCAAGGAUGCAUUGAGGGCCUUUCGAUUCCGCAAAAGUCAAAAGAAUGCUGCUUUAAUACUGAAAGUCGAUCGAGAGAAACAAAAGAUCUGUAUAGAUGAACAAAUGGAGGAUAUUAAAAUCGACGAUUUACAAGAAAUUAUUCCUUGCCAUCAACCCAGGUAUAUUGUUUAUAGUUAUAAAAUGGAACAUGCAGAUGGAAGAAUUUCGUACCCCAUGUGUUUCAUAUUCUAUACACCAAGGGACAUACAAAUGGAGUUACAGGUGAUCUAUGCUGGGAUGAAACUCGCUCUACAGAGAGAAGCUGAGCUUACAAGAGUUUAUGAAGUUCGUGAGCUAGAAGAGCUUACCGAGGAUUGGCUGAAAGAAAAAUUGAGCAGGUAGAAGCUAACUGUCUGUGCCUGUAAUGCUGUCGUUCCAUAGUAUAAUUUGUAGUAUUUCUACAAAUUAUAUAUGAUGUGAUGGAGUUUAUUCUAAUAACACGAGAAAUACGAACAAGAGAAUUAGUAAGCCAGAGCUGUAAAGACUUUUAAGUACAUUCAAGUGAUUUUCUAUUACUGUUUACACUCCUUGCGGCAGGAAAUAUAGGAAGUUGUUUGAAAGUGCAUUACAAAUACUCAAAGCUAGGAAGUAAUCAUUUUCUUUUCCAUCAUUUAAAUAUUCAUUUUAAUUCAAAUUCUUUAAAUAGAAUCUCAAAAUGAAAAAUGUUCGAUCAAGUGACAAUGGAAACAUGUCUUAUAUACAUUUUUUGAUAGUUGUAAAUUCAACGGCUUAGAAUAAAUAUUUCCAGUAGGUAUAGAUACUGUUUUUCGAUUUAUACAUAGACAUAUCCCGCUACAGCAAAAGGCCUAGUUUACAAGAAUAUACGAAACCGCAAAAUGUGACCAAUAAUUGGUUUAAUUAAAAAUAGCGCGAGUACGAUCCGCGUAAAAUUAUUGCUCAGGCUUGCAACACUGCCCGUCCGUGAGAAAUUAUACAGAAUAUGUAUUCUGUGAUAUAAGGUCAUUUGAACAAAUUAUAUGAUGUACGAGUGAGAAAUUCGUAAACGGAUUUAUGCAGAUUAUAUCUCUUCUAUGCAUUUAUAAAAGUAAGAGAAUAUCUGAGAUUUCGUUUUAUCAAGGUGUCGAAAAUAUUAAAAAUAAUACCUUAGUAUAUGGAUAUAUGUUCAUGUUACUCUGUAACUAUUUUUACACUUAUUCAAUUUUGUUUUUAUUGAUAUUUGGCAUCAAAAAUUAAAAAUGUUAGGUCUUUAAUUUAAGUUAUUUAUAGGAGUAGCACUAUAUUUUUCAUUUUCCUGAUACAAUUUUAAGAAGCAGUUAUAAGUACGAUCUUGAAAGUGUAAAGGUUCAUGAAGGUAAACUUUAUUAAACUCUUUAGUUUCUUUUUCCGCU